UCAAUCAAUUUAUCCUAAUCCGACCCGAACCCGUUUCCAAAACCAAACUUUCCGACGACCCAUCUCGCCGGCCGCCGCUUUCUCACUCCCCAUGGCCACCGACGCCACCGCCAAGUUCCAAAACCCGGACUUUCACCCGGUUUCGAAGCCGCAGGAUUACGUCCCAACCCCCACUGUCUCGCCCCACGACGGCCUACACUACUGGCAGUUCAUGAUCGCCGGUUCGAUUGCUGGCAUGGUCGAACACAUGGCUAUGUUCCCGGUCGACACCGUUAAAACCCAUAUGCAAGCUCUCGGGUCGUGCCCGAUUAAGUCCGUCGGGGUCCGGCAGGCCCUCGGGUCAAUUUUAAAGUCCGAGGGACCUGCUGCGCUAUACCGCGGUAUUGGAGCCAUGGGCCUCGGCGCGGGACCGGCGCACGCCGUCUACUUCUCGAUGUACGAGAUGUGCAAGAAGUAUUUCUCGGGCGGGAACCCGAACAACCCGGGCGCCCACGCAAUUUCCGGCGUGUUUGCAACGGUGGCGAGCGACGCCGUUUUUACCCCGAUGGAUAUGGUGAAGCAAAGGCUGCAGCUGGGGACUAAUUUGCACAGCCCGUACAAUGGGGUGUGGGAUUGUGUGCGGAAGGUGUUCAGGGAAGACGGGGUUAGGGCGUUUUACGCGUCGUACAGAACGACGGUGCUGAUGAAUGCGCCGUACACGGCGGUGCAUUUCGCGACGUAUGAGGCGGCAAAGAGGGCUUUGAAUGAGAUUUCGUCGGAGCAUGCGGACGACGAGCGGUUGAUUGUUCAUGCCACUGCUGGUGCUGCCGCUGGGGGGUUGGCUUCGGUAGUUACUACGCCGCUUGAUGUGGUGAAAACUCAAUUACAGUGUCAGGGUAUUUGCGGAUGUGACAGAUUUAAAAGUGGUUCAAUAAGUGAUGUUUUCAGAACAAUAGUGAGAAAGGAUGGAUACAAAGGGCUGGUGAGGGGGUGGGCUCCGAGAAUGCUUUUCCAUGCCCCGGCUGCUGCCAUCUGCUGGUCUACAUAUGAAGCCUCAAAAACCUUCUUCCAAGAUCUCAAUGGUAGUAGUAACAGCGGCACUGUAACCUGAAGAGACCUCUAAAGACAAACGAGAUUUUUCCGUUUCAUUAGCGAUACAUCUGUAGCCUGUAUAAUGGACAAUCGGAGUUGCUUCACACAAAGGAUGAGUAACAGGGUAAGAAAGUCGAUCGGAAUUUUUUCAUACCUGACUCCAGUCUAGUUAAUGGGCAGUGGUAGUCUGGUGAGUUGGAUUCAUUGGUGUAGGUUAAAUUAAUUGUACUUCAGCAUUGUUGUCUGUUUUAAUAAUUUUUUUCCCGGUCACAGAUUUUGUUUGAAUAAACGUAGAAAUCAAAUAUUUUGUUCUUUCAUUCCUCAAGAGUUUGUGUUACAUGAACGAAACCCUUUGUAGUCUUAUUCAUCAUUGGGUUUCUUGUUGUUGUAUGAAUCAAUCAAUCAAUCAUAAAGUUUUGAGUUA